AUGGCAAAGUUUCUUAACAUAGCAAUGUCUGUAUUCAUAGUAUUGUUCUUCACGUUACAUCAAACGUUUUCCCAAGAAAUUGAUCAAUAUUCACAAGAGGUACCAGAAGAUGUGAAGAUAUCUCCCACAUCUGAUUUUGAUAUUUAUGUCGAAUCUCCUGAUGAAUCUUCAUUUGAAGAAGCCGAUUCACCCGGUAUGCAAUAUGAGAAGAAAUUUGGACAUCAUUACACGGAUAAACAGUUCGGUUUUCUUGAAGUUUGCGCUCAAAAGCUUAACUCAUCACACUGUGGAGAUGAUUUGUUCACGAACAUGGUAGGUGAGGGAAAGCCAGUAUUGUUAGCUGAAUGUUGUGGUGAGCUACUAAAGAUUGGAAAAGAUUGUUAUCUAGGAAUGGCUCAAAUCAUUUUAUCGAGUUACGAGUAUAUAAAUAUUGCAUCUAAGGCUAUUCCAAAAAGCAAACAGACAUGGAACGAUUGUGUUCAUGUAAUUGAGAAUUGGAACUCAGGUGGGGAUUUUGAUCGUUAUUGA